UCGCAUGCCCGAGAAGGUGACCUGGAUGCGGAGGAUGCGGAUCCUGAGGCGCCUCCUCCGCAGAUACAGGGAGUCCAAGAAGAUCGACCGGCACAUGUAUCACAGCCUGUACCUGAAGGUCAAGGGCAACGUGUUCAAGAACAAGCGGAUCCUCAUGGAGCACAUCCACAAGCUCAAGGCAGACAAAGCUCGCAAGAAGCUCCUGGCGGACCAGGCUGAAGCUCGUAGGUCCAAGACCAAGGAGGCUCGGAAGCGGCGCGAGGAGCGGCUGCAGGCCAAGAAGGAGGAGAUCAUCAAGACCCUCUCCAAGGAGGAGGAGACCAAGAAGUGAGCGCUGCCUCUCUUGUGUACGCAGGACCCUCCAUCCAUGGGCAUCCAAUAAAGCUCCCAGUGCUCCC